GUAAUGACUCUUGAGCCAUCUCUAGAUCGUCCUGCUGUCUCGGGCGUUCGACCAUGGAGCGGAUUUGAGAAACUGUAGUGAACGUAGACGGCAUAUCUGACAAGACUUCUUAUUUGCUCACAGUUCGCCGUUCUGACUGGAGCAAGACCUAUUGGAUUGGACAGUGGGUCAUAAAAGAAAGCAGCCAUGUCAGACACCUAUAGUGACUCUUUGGUAGAUGUCUCCAGUGACAGUUUUUGGGAGGUUGGAAAUUACAAACGCUCAGUGAAGCGAGUAGAUGAUGGGAACCGACUGUGUAAUGAUUUGAUGAACUGCAUCCACGAACGAGCCCGCAUUGAAAAGGCGUAUGCACUGCAAUUAACUGAAUGGGCCAAACGCUGGAGACAAAUGAUCGAAAAAGGUCCUCAGUAUGGGACAGUGGAGCGUGCCUGGUGUGCUGUAAUGACUGAGGCAGAGAAGGUCAGUGACCUCCACUUAGAGGUAAAGGGUGCUCUCAUGGGUGAGGACUUUGAGAAAAUAAAGAACUGGCAGAAAGAUGCCUACCACAAGCAGAUGAUUGGAGGCUUUAAGGAAACAAAGGAGGCAGAAGACAGCUUCCGCAAAGCUCAAAAACCCUGGGCCAAGAAACUCAAGGAGGUGGACAUGAUGAAGAAAGCCUACCACACAGCCUGCAAGGAAGAGAAGCUGGCCUCUAGCAGAGAGAACAAUAGCAAGUUGGAGAACAACAACCCAGAGGCUCAAAAAAAGCUUCAGGACAAAGUGGAGAAGUGCCAGCAGGAUGUGCAGAAGACAAAGGAGCGUUAUGAAAAGUCUCUGGAGGAACUGGAAAAGGUGACUCCUCAGUACAUGGAGAACAUGGAGCAGGUAUUUGAGCAAUGGCAGCAGUUUGAAGAUAAGAGAUUGAACUUCUUUAAAGAACUCAUGCUAGAUGUCAAACAGCACCUCGACCUGUCCACCAAUCACAAGUUUCAGAACGUGUAUCAGACAUUAGAGGACACGAUCAGAGCAGCUGACACAGAGGAAGACCUCAAAUGGUUCCGUUCCAACCAUGGCCCCGGCAUGCCCAUGAACUGGCCGCAGUUCGAGGACUGGUCUAUAGACAUAAAUCGGACGUUGAGUCGGCGAGAAAAAAAGAAGCCAAGUGACGAAGUGACUCUUACCGGCAUCAACCAAACUGGGGAACGAGCAGCCAAGACCACUAACAGCCUGACUGUGCCUAUUAGCACAGACCGAGUGAGCUUAAACCCAUUUGAUGAUGAGGAAGCAGAGGAAGAAACACCAGCACACCAAUCCAACAGCAGCCCAGCCAGUGUGAAAAAAGAGGAAGUCAAUGUCAAAACUACCAGCAGUGCGGAGAAGACACGGUGUUCCUCAGAUGAAGAGACCAGUAACCCUUUUGGAGCCGAUUCCAAUGAAAACGGGAACCCCUUUGAGGAUGAGCCAUCUUCUCCAACAGUCUCAGUACCUGUACGGGCUUUGUAUGACUAUGAGGGCCAAGAGCAGGACGAGCUGAGCUUCAAAGCAGGUGAGGAAUUUACUAAAAUCGGUGAAGAGGAUGAACAGGGCUGGUGCAAAGGGCGUCUGAAAGAUGGCCAAGUCGGACUCUACCCAGCUAACUACGUGGAGGAUAUUCAGUGACCAGAAAGGAAAUGACGAGAGUAGAGAGGGUAAAAGCAGGAUGAAGAGAGAGGUCAGGGGCGUGACGUUUUCAGAUGACAGCAUGCUGCUGUCCCCCCCUAGUGGUGGAGGCUGGACCAACCGCUGCAAUAAGCCAAAUGAAAAUGUUGUUUUUUUCCACUUGGUUUUUUUUUUUGGCCCUUUUUGGUGAUCUAGGACUCUGGCAAGAAGAAUGUUCAACAGCUCACAUAUUGCAAAUCCUAAGUCUGCAUAAAACAGGAACAAUAUUAUUUUUUAAUAAUUUAUACAACACUUUAUUUAACAUUUAGUCAAUUUAAAAGUGCUGAAACCAAUAUGACAAAUGUGAAAACUUGCCUAAAUGUUAGUCAUGACGCCAGAUUCACACCAGAUGUGUCACGGUAGCAUCAUGCUCGACAAGCUGUAUCGACUGUCCAAUUCACGCUACUUAUGUAACACUGUGCUUCUGUUAUAUUAUUAAAAAACAAACUAAUCUGUGUAUUUAAAACAGUGUCACUGAAACAUUAAUCAGCAGUUAAAAAUAGCCAGUUUAUAAUUAGUGUAGCUCAAUUAAAAACAUGACACAAGACAGAACAGGGAAGAUGGAACAAAAGCAGCUUAUUUGUGAAAAUACUAUUUCCAAAACACAUUAGCUUAUAAUUCAUUUUAGAUUGUCUUUUAAAUGCACCUCUUAAUGUAGAGACACAUUUAAGUACAUUUUAAAUGGGUUUUUAAUUCAUUUGACCAAGUAAAAAUGAAAUAGCACAUGAAAAAUACUGCAUUAAUAAAAAUGUGUCUUUUUUGCAAGAAGCUGUUCUGUACAGUAGAACUGGGGCGGCACGGUGGCUAAGUGGGUAGCACUGUCGCCUCACAGCAGGAAGGUCCUGGGUUCGAUCCCCAGGUGGGGAGGUCCGGUCCUUUCUGUGUGGAGUUUGCAUGUUCUCCCCGUGGCUUUACUUCGGGUGCUCCGGUUUUCUCCCACAGUCCAAAGACAUGCAAGUGAAGUGAACUGAAGAUACAAAAUUGUCCAAGACUGUGUUCGAUAUAACCUUGUGAACUGAGUAACUACCGUUCCUGUCAUGAAUGUAACCAAAAGUGUGAAACAUGACGUUAAAAUUCUUAUAAACAAACAGUAGAAAUGCAUCUGGAAUGAAUUAACCUUUAGUUUCCUUAAACCAAGUCUUAAAUUGAGCAACAAUCAUUAGGGUUUUUUUUACAACUGCACUUGCAUUGUAGAAAUAUAUAUUGCUUGAAUAGCAAACACAUUUCUCUAGCUCAGUCCCACUUUGAAAACUUAAUACUGUACAUUAUAACGUUGAUUUUUAUUGAUUUCCACCACCUCAAUUUCUGUCAUGUUGCUCAUGGUAAAAGGAUUGAGAUUUUAGUAACUGAAUAUUUUAUUUCUGUUGUGUAUUUCUAUAUGAUGCUUUACAAUAAGGGCCCUGUUUAUUAGUUACUUUAUGUGUCUUGAGUAUCAGAAUAGGUGCAAAUGCACUUAAGCCCCAUUUACAUCUAACUGUACAAAUACCUUUAAAAGGUCCAUUAAUGCUGACUUCAGGCAAGUCAAAAAUGCACAAGUGCCAUUAUUUACUGCCACAAACAUACUUUGAAUAAAACAUCAAAGACUAGAUACAUAUCCCAUUGCUGUUUUCCCAAUUUACAUUUGCUUUCCUGAGUCUGAUAUCAAAGCUUUGAGAAAUUGUUAAUUAAUUAUUAAUCAGUAAAUCAAGUGGACGCCAAAAAAAAAAAGUGUCUGAUCUGAUUCCAGUCUAGCAUUCAGUGUUGUCUUGAAUUGCACAUUAUGUACAAUACAGAAUUUAGAUUAGUCAGGCUAACAGAGAAACAUUUGACGUUAAGUGUACAUCUAGAUACUAGAAGCAUAAAACCACUAGAUACAAAUAGUUGCCAAAACCUAAAAACAUUAUCAUCACAAUAUUGCCUAGAUACAAUAUUGAUUGUAUUUUUACAGAUAUAUUUUGCAGUGAUGUAACAAAGCAUUAGACUAUUUUUCAAUUAGUAAAAGAGGCUUUUAAUAUAUAUAUGUUAUAAAUAAGUGUGUACAUGGAUAAAUUGGAUGAAUAUUUCCUUUAGAUAAUUGACCAAAGUUAAGGUAGUUGAGGAAAGAACUGCUGGACCUUUUUUAGGAUGAGCUGAUUUGAGUUGAGUUUGUCGAGGUGUUAUGAUUUACGUGUUGAUCACUGGUUAUGUCAGAAACUUGUUGCCUAAUUCAUAAGGAAAGUUUAUUGCUUUGGUUUUUUGAGCACUCUUGUUAAAUUUCAUUUCAGAACGUUUAUGAAUGUUUUAUUGGUUCCUAGGGAAGAAGGUCUCUCUCUCACUUGACACUGUUAGUUUUAGCCUGCACUGAAGCGUUCAUAGCAGCUGCAAGGGAAAAUGCCAAUAUUUUGUUAAAACGUUACGAACACAAAGUUUUAUCAAACAAAGUAGAAAUAAAUGAGAGUAUUUUUGCAUGUACAUUGCAAUAAAGUUUUGAACAAAUUUGGUCAGAUAAUGCUAGUUAAAUUUAGACUGUUAAUUUAUAAAAUGCCUUAAGUGCUUGGACAUAAACAAAUGCUGUGAUUCAGAAUCAGAAUGUAUAUUAAUUGUGCAUUUAUUUGGUGUUUGUUAUGAAUUGUGUAAGAUUGUGUAUAUAAAAAUACUGUAUGAAUUUUUAGAUAAUUCUUGCAGAUUUACAUUCAGAUAUAUAGACAACCGAUUAUCAGCACAUUUUAGUUCAUUUCUUUUGAAUAUAUUUUAGUGUUAGCAAUCUUAUCAUCACUCACUGAGAUGGCAGUAUUUAAUUAAUGCCAUGUCACAAAAGUGGAUUUUUGAAUGUAUCAGAUUUGCUGUAAAUGAUAAGAAGUUACGUUUUAUCUGUAACAUUUGGGUUUUGUUACAUAAAGCAGCAACUCUGCUUACAGUUCACCUUGUUCAAUCUGUCAAUUUAGGUUGGCAAAUAAAUGAUUUUAUGUUUAA